UCCCCUUUUUCUUACACCCAAACAAAUCCGAACGGAAAACAAAAUAGCAGCACGCCCACACACAGACACAGUCAUCUUUUCUAUCUGCACAUUUUUCCCUUCCCUCCUCCGCCUUUCCGAACCUCUCAACCCCAAUUCUGUUUCCCCUCCGCAACCAAAUCGCUGAAUUUCCCCGCCGAUUCUCUCGCUUCCGUUUCCAUGGAAGUACGUUUCCAUCGCCAUGCCUUCGUAUCUUCAAGCUCUUCAAGUCCUUCCUUUUCUCGAAACACAAUUCAAGCAAAAGCUUUUGCUAAAAGAGUGGUUCAGUUUGGUUACCUAAUGCAUUGUAGUAGAGCAAGGAGAAGGAGCCUUAAGCGACUCGCUUUUCUUGGAAAUGGUAGUUAUAGUUCUUGUUACCAAUUGGUAGGGUCUAGAAAACAGAAUUUCGACUUCUAUCGAAGGAGAAGGUUGGGCUGCUUAUUGCCAUGUGGAUCUGCUGAUGACAGUGUAACGGUUAACGGGAGCCCCACACCAAGCACCAGUGGGGAUGUGGAGGAAAUUAGAAUGAAACUCAAUCAGUCACUUCAAGGGGAAGAUCAAGGUGAUACACUGGUUCAGUCUUUGCAUGAUGCAGCCAGGGUUUUUGAAUUGGCAAUUAAAGAGCGAGGCCUUGUAUCCAAAUUUUCCUGGUUCUCAACAGCCUGGCUUGGUGGAGAUGGUAACGCGUGGCUGAAAACGUUGUCUUAUCAGGCUUCUGUCUAUUCCUUAUUGCAAGCAGCUUGUGAGAUUUCAUCGCGGCGGAGUGGCGGAGACAAGGAUGUAAACAUUUUUGUUCAGAGAAGCUUAUUAAGGGUAUCUGCUUCAUUGGAGAGCCUAAUCAGGGAAAAACUAUCUGCAAAGCAACUUGAACCUAGUGAAUGGUUUUGGGCUGAACAAAUUCCAUUGGUUGUGACAUCCUUUGUCAAUUACUUUGAUGGUGCCCCACGUUUUACUGUUGCCACAGCAGUGUCUGGGAGAGGCAUGUACUUGGGCUCUGACGGUGGAACUGAUACUUCAAUCCUCUUACUUGCAUUGACUUGUAUUGCUGCAAUCACAAAACUUGGCCCCGCAAAAAUUUCUUGCCCCCAAUUAUUUCCAGUAGAUAUUACUGGCAAAAUGAUGGACAUGCUGGUUGAUUUGAUUCCAAUACGUCAGGCUUAUCGUGCAAUCAAGGAUAUAGGUCUACGCAGAGAAUUUCUUGUCCAUUUUGGACCUCGGGCAGCAGCAUGCAGGGUGCAGGAUGAUCUUGGCGCGGAAGAAGUUGCUUUCUGGGUUAAUCUAGUGCAGAAGCAGCUCCAACGUGCUAUAGAUAGGGAGAAAAUAUGGUCAAGACUGACAACAUCUGAAAGUAUCGAGGUUCUGGACAAGGAUUUGGCUGUAAUUGGAUUUUUUAUUGCCUUGGGAAGAAGCACACAGUCCUUCUUAUCUGCAAAUGGAUUUGACGUAGUUAACGAGCCUAUUGAUGGUUUCCUGAGGUAUCUAAUCAGUGGCAGCGUAUUAUAUUAUCCUCAACUUUCAUCAAUAAGCUCUUAUCAGUUGUAUGUGGAAGUCGUUUGUGAGGAGCUAGACUGGCUUCAAUUUUAUCCAGGACACACCAACACCUUAAAACAGUCGUAUGGUCAUGGAAAACAAGAAAAUCCUCCAAAUGCCGAGGCCAUUCCUCAAGUACUUGACGUCUGCUCUCAUUGGAUGCAAAGCUUUAUAAAAUAUAGUAAAUGGGUGGAGAAUCCUUCUAAUGUCAAGGCGGCGAGGUUCCUAUCUAAGGGGCACAAGAAACUGAUGGAAUGUGUGGAUGAACUGGGGAUAUCAAGGAAUGUUGUAGAGAACGAUAGCAACUUCUUUAUUGAGAGAGCCGGAUCUAGUACUUACUUACCAACUAAGCAGGAGAAAGAUUCUUUUGAAAAGGUUUGUCCUCUGUGCUACUUGCCAGUUACAUGGAUUGUGUCUCACUUUGCUCUCAUAGUCUGUGAAUCUCUCCCGUAUUAUAAUUAUUAAUUAAUAUUAGUAUGAAUAUCUCUCCUCUCUCUUAUUCCUUUUGCGUCACUGUUGCUGUAUUUUCAUCAGUUGUCAUAUUAAGUUGAGUGCCAUCACAGCUUGAUGAAAGGUUUAAACUCAAGAUGUUAUUUUGGGAUCUGCCCUGCAGGCAGUAAACUUGGCAAAGCAACCUGGUAAAAAGGCAUUGGAAGGAGUCGAAGAAGCUCUCAUAAGAUUGGAGAAUUUGCUGCAAGAGUUCCAGGUUUCAAGUUCUAGUCGGGGAAAGGAGCAGUUGAAAGCAGCUUGUUCUGAUCUUGAAAAAAUAAGGAAACUCAAGAAAGAGGCUGAAUUUCUUGAGGUAUCAUUCAGAGUUAAAGCAGAAUCUUUAGAUCAGGGAGAUGAGGAUAACAAUCCGCAGUCUUCUGGUCGUGAGCAGCAACAGUAUUUGGAAGGAAGCAUAGAGCCCAGUGACAGGGAACUUCAAGGACUGCGAAGCUUCAUAGAUUUUCCAACCAAGAAGCCUGACUCUGAAUUAUCAAGUUUGGGGGUUGCAAAGUCAGAGUCUAUCAAAAUUCAACGUUUUGAACUGAUAAGGAAUGAGUUGGUGGAACUAGAAAAGCGGGUAAAAAGAAGUACAGAUCAGUAUGAAAAUGAAGAGGACGUUGAAAGCACAGGUGAUAGGACUUCAGUUUCUGUGUUCUUCCCAGCUAAGAAGAAGGAAGAUAUUAUUGCAAGCUCGGUAGAAAAACUGAAAGAAACUAGCAUGGAUGUCUUGCAAGGAACACAGCUCCUAGCCAUUGAUGUUGGCGCAGCGAUGGGACUGCUUAGAAGGUCCUUGAUUGGAGACGAGCUAACAGAGAAAGAGAAACGUGCUCUUCAAAGAACUGUGACCGAUGUGGCAUCUGUGGUUCCUAUUGGUGUUCUCAUGCUUCUUCCUGUUACUGCAGUUGGCCAUGCAGCAAUUCUAGCUGCUAUUCAGCGAUAUGCACCGGGUAUGAUACCUUCGACAUACGGACCAGAGAGGCUCUAUCUCUUGAGACAGCUCGAAAAAGUGAAGCAAACAGAAGCCUCUGAAGUCGACCCCCAGGAAAGCGUCGAGCCCUCAUCCUAAUCCUUAAAACCAAACAAGUCCCCUCAUCUUAUGUACAUCCGUUCCGGGGAGUGUAAAAAGAAAGUUUUGCCUCAUCAUCUGUUGGUUCUGAAUCCCAUCGACAGCAAAUGAGCAUACAGAAUCUCAUUCCACACAUCUGGGAUUCCUGGCAGGCACCAGUGGCUGCAGUCCUGAGGAGCGUCCGGCGGGGUCCCCGGCUCACGGUAGCGAGAUGGGUGCCCGUCGCUCCUGUACUCUGUCAGAUGUGUAAUGUUCAAGUACUCAACUCUCUUGUAGUUUCCCUGUCUCAUCUCUGUAAUCACUUCAGAAAUCGGUCGAUUGUUUGCUGGCUCGGGAGCUACAAGCUUCGAGUUCGCCUCCGGUUGCAGGUCCAGAUCGCAGUGCCCUCCAUCUUUCCACGUCCCAUUCCUGCAACAGUGACAGCGUUUCGUCAUCCAUAUUCAAGCAGCGAAAGGGGUAAAAAAAAAAAGGGCAGGGAUGUUCUGUAUUGUGAGAGUCAACAUGCCUGUAAUGAGCAGGGGAAUAACUGCGAAAGAAGACAUGACUCUUCUCAGGAUCCAAAUUCUCAGUCACCCAUUUCCUCCACGUCUGCAGCGACCUCUGGAACGCCUCCAUAACCCCCAUCGUCUUGUUUAUUACUCCAUUUUCUUCAAAAUAGUGACCCCUGGAGAUAAAACAGAGCAAAUAAACAAACGUCAUUUCCAUGGAGAAUUCGUGCUCUGCUGCCCGGUACGACUAAAAAGGAGCCAAUUCGUACAUGUAGAUGGUUUUGUACUCGUUCCACCAAUGUCCAGCAUUGAAAACCAGCACGUCCGCGCCGACCCAUCUCUUGGAGAACCAGUGGAGCUGGUCGACCUUGAUCGCCAUCUUGACCUCCGGCGGCGACCCUCGAGGCGGCCGGCCGAUGAUCACCAGGAAGGGCAGCCUGUAGUACUCGACGGUGAGGUUGUACUCGCUGAACCGCAUGACGAGGAAGCCUCUGUGCUUGGAGAUUGGCUUCCCGUUGACCUCGUAGAUCGCGGCGGCGGACGUGUUGGAGACCCCCUGUGCCAGCAUGCAGAGGAAAGACUCCCACUGGUUCCGGCCGAUCGAGUCUCCGGCGAACACUAUCCUCCCGUUCCUCGCCCUCUCCAGAAAGUCCGUCGCGUUGAAUCUGGGUAAGUUACAGCGACGUGGCUGCCAGCGCCAGUUGAGAUAGUCCACGUCAGCCCUGCCGUUCCAGCGACAGCGGAAGCCGGGAUCAAGAAACGGGCAGUCUUCGCCAUAGGAUCCGACGACGUUGUUCUUCCUCUCGUCGCGGACCCAGUCGCCGUCGCCGUAGUCCCGGCAGAUCGGCAAGGUCCGGGACAAGAACCCGACCCGGAAGUAUGAGACCGGGUCGAGCGGGGCGAGGAGAUCGAAGGCGUAGAGAGAAGAUCCGAUGAGGAGAAAGAAGGAAAGAAAAGCGUAGGCGAGUUCCCUCCGAAUUAUAACCGCCGCUGCGGCUGCGGCUUUUGGGGAUCGUCGGCGGUGUGAUCUUUAUGGUGAUCAUUAUGACGACGAUGGUUAUCGUCCAUUAGAAUUAGAAGAAGGGUUUUGCUGAUCAGAGGCGAGAAACAAGGCGGUAACGGAAAGAAUUAAGGAAAGGAUGAAGGGAAAGGGGGAAAGAGAGGUUUUGAGAGAGAGGACGAUGAGGAGAGAGAUCGUGUCACAUUAAGGUUCUUUCUUGCAUGGAAGGUAUUAGAAUUAGAGCAAUAGUCGGAAUUCCCUUCUUUCUUUCUUUCUUACUUUCUUUCUUUUUAUUUUACUUUAUUUAUUGAUAUAAUCGGGUUUAGGGUUUUUGGUAGGGGAGGAGAGAACAAAGAUUUCGGGU